AUGGCCCCGGCCGAAGCCCGGCCGAACCCCGAGCCCGGCCGAACUCGGCCCGAGCGCGAGGACCUGAAGCGGCACCUGCUGGAGGUCCGCGCGGGGCUCCACGACGAGAAGGUGCUGAAGCCCUGCAAGGCCCACAGCGACGAGGCCAUCGUCGAGCGCCACAAGUUCGUCGUGGCGAUGACGGGGCAAGGGCCCGUGGGCAAGUUGACAGGCGCGGAGCACCUCCGAAACCGUCUCGCGAGAAAGUUUUGA